GAGCCCAGAGAGGUGUAUGUGCAGACAGAGCCCGAAGAGGUGUGUAUUAAGACAGACCCCGGAGAGGUGUGUGUUAAGACGGAUCCAAGAGACGUGUGUGUCAAGACUAAGCCCGGAGAGGUGUGUGAGAAGGAGGAGCGGGAGUGCGAGGACAGCGUGCUGCGCGGAGUGAGCGCGGCGGCCGCGCAGGCCGGACUGUACACCGACCAUGAGGUCAAGGACGAGCUCGUGCUGGGCCCCGAGGAGUGGCACCGCCCUAAACUGCUUCAAGUGUGUUCGGACGGCAGCGCCGCCCGCGCCAGGGAACAGCUCGCGAUGGCUUGUUCCGUGGUGCUCGAGCGCCUCCGCGACGACGCGACUGUUCACAGUGGAGGCAAACCAUACCGCUGCGAACACUGUGGCAAACAUUUCAUGAACAAGUCUGUUUUACGAGAACACAUUCAACACACGCAUUUAUUGACCGGACAAAAACCAUUUGCUUGUGAUUUUUGUAGUUCUACGUUUCAAACCGAAUUUCUUGUGAUAGAACACGAGAAAAGUAAACACGGUGUAACAAAUUUUAUGUGUGCUGAAUGUGAGUAUGCAACAAGUUCCAAGAAAAGUUUGGAGACUCAUUUAAAGAGUCACUCUUUGGAGAACAAUGUUAAUUGUACUCACGGUAGUUACACAAGUUCUUGUAAAACUGAUUUAUACAAACACCAAACAAUACACAUUGCUGGAAAUCCUAUUAAGUGUUGCGACUGUGAUUUCAAAUGCAAUGAUGAAUCAAAACUGCGACGUCACCAGAAGACGCACAACCGGAAGCACCAGAGAAAACCUGACAAAUGUAGUCAUUGCGACUACAAGUGCUGUGUUAGUUGUAAUUUACGAAGACACGAAAGGACACAUAUUGGGGCGAAGCCUAUUCAGUGUAGCCACUGUGAUUACAAAUGCAGUUGGAAGUCAGACCUACUAAGACACCUGAUGUUACAUACCGGGGCGAAGCCAUUUCAGUGUAGCCACUGUGAUUACAAAUGCAAUCGGAAGUCAGACUUACAACAACACCUGAUGAUACAUACUGGGGUGAAGCCAUUUCAGUGUAGCCAUUGUGAUUUCAAAUGCAAUCGGAAGUCAAACUUACAACAACACCUGAUGAUACAUACUGGGACGAAGCCAUUUCAGUGUAGCCACUGUGAUUAUAAAUGCAUUCAGAAGUCACACUUACAACAACACCUGUUGGUACAUACUGGGGCGAGGCCAUUUCGGUGUAGCCACUGUGAUUACAAAUGCAGUCGGAAGUCACACUUACAACAACACCUGUUGGUACAUACUGGGGCGAGGCCAUUUCAGUGUAGCCACUGUGAUUACAAAUGCAGUCGGAAGUCAAACUUACAACAACACCUGAAGAUACACACCGGAGAGAAGCCGUACACAUGUAGCCAAUGCGAAUUCAAGUGCAGUGAUAGGUCAAGCUUGCACAGACACGAACGGACACAUACUGGCGAGAAACCUUUCAAAUGUAGUCGUUGUGAUUACAAGUGUCGUGAUAAAGCAACCCUACGACGUCACCAGAAGUCGCAUACAGGGAACAAGCCUAAACCGUAGCAAUAGCGACUACAACUGCAGCCAGAAACAGCACCUGCGAUGACGCCGGAUGAUACACACUGAAGAGAAACCUUGUAGGGAACGUUCGCGUUAGAGGGUACCUUUUUAUCUAAAUUUAUUUAAUUCAUUCGUUUUAAGUAAGGUCCACACUGAAAUCAGCGCUAUGGCUCGCCGUGGCAGUAUGGGGAUCCUGUUAGUAUCUAAUUUGUGUUAUUUUCUAUUUCAAAUAGUGCAUUUACAUACAAAUUGUACUGUUAAACAAAUGUAUUUACUUUCGUUAUUUAUUAAAUCGGAAAGUUAAUCCUGACGUUGACGGCAAUAAGCAGGCGGCUCCUGUGCUGCCCCCUACAGCUCGCGCCCGCUGCCGUAUACUAAUGUAAUCACUGCCAUUACCCCAGUCAAUUUAAAUACCUCACGUGGAGAUAUAUCUUAGUGUAGAUCCACAAGUUAGAGUAGUGAGUGAGCGCUGCGGGCGAAGUGGCCAGACACGUGGCUUCCGAGCCGGCGGUCGCGGGCUCACGCCACAGACACCACCGACUCCUUGCGACUUGUGUACAUGUGAAGCAUCGUUUGAUAUUUACCAGUUGCUUUGCAGUUUGAGGAACCUGCAUGUUAUAGUAACUGAAAGGGCUAGCGUGAGAACAUCAACCCACACCUUCUUGUACAAUGAGA